GCCUCCGGUACUCCAGCCGCCCCGAACCCCUCGACCUCCGCGUGGAGCCUGCAGCCUUCCGGGGAAGAUGGCGAGGGGGAGCCGCCACCGCCUCCUCCUGCUGCUCCUUCGCUACCUGGUGGUCGCCCUGGGCUAUCAUAAGGCAUAUGGAUUAUCUGCCCCCAAAGACAAUCAAGUAGUCACAGCAAUAGAGUACCAAGAGGUUAUUUUAGCCUGUAAAAGCCCAAAGAAGACCAUGUCAUCGAGAUUAGAGUGGAAGAAACUGGGGCGGAGUGUCUCCUUUGUCUACUACCAGCAGACUUUCCAAGGUGAUUUUAAAGAUCGAGCUGAAAUGAUAGAUUUCAGUAUACGGAUCAAAAAUGUUACAAGAAAGGAUGCUGGGAAAUACCGUUGUGAAGUUAGUGCCCCAUCAGAGCAAGGCCAAAACCUGGAAGAGGAUACGGUCACUCUAGAAGUAUUAGUGGCUCCAGCAGUGCCAUCAUGUGAAGUGCCCACUUCUGCUUUGAGUGGGACUGUGGUAGAGCUACGAUGUCAAGACAAAGAAGGCAAUCCAGCUCCUGAAUAUACAUGGUUUAAGGAUGGCAUCCGUUUGCUGGGGAAUCCAAAACUUGGCUCCCAAAGAUCCAACAGCUCCUACACAAUGAAUAUAAAAUCUGGAACUCUGCAAUUUAAUACUGUUUCUAAACUGGAUAGUGGAGAAUAUUCCUGUGAAGCCCGUAAUUCUGUUGGAUAUCGCCGGUGUCUGGGAAAACGAAUGCAAGUAGAUGAUCUCAAUGUAAGUGGCAUCAUAGCAGCUGUAGUAGUUGUGGCCUUAGUGAUUUCUGUAUGUGGCCUUGGUGUGUGCUAUGCCCAGAGAAAAGGCUAUUUUUCAAAAGAAACUUCCUUCCAGAAGGGUAGUUCUGCACCUAAAGAUACUGCAGUGAGUGAAAAUGAUUUCAAACACACAAAAUCCUUCAUAAUUUAAAAAAACCCGAUUUUGAGAUACAUCAAAACCACAGUUGUUAUUCAAGUUAUUAAAGUAUUAUAAGCCUCUGCUUUGACUUAUAUUUGUGAAGAGGAGGGCUAGGAAAUGAACUUGGAACCUCCUUACAACUUUGAUAACCUCUAGCUCACCUGAAAUUGUUAUUUUUUUGAGAAAAAAAUGUCAUUGUCUAAAAUACAACCUGGCUUCCUUUGUCCGAUCGAACUAGAGAAUCAAAAUACUGUUACACUCUGCGUUUUGUGAAAUGCUAACAAAUGUCUUAACUUCUGAAGAAAGUUACCAUAAUAAACCAUCUUGACUGUGAA